GGCAAUACGCGUAAAUUGCAGCAAUUCUCUCUCUAAUUCAUGACGGUCACCUUUUUCCCUGUUUCUGAAUAGAAUAAAUGCUGAUACAACGCCAUAAUUAUAAACUUAAAUCAUAAUUCAAUAUCCAGCUCUCUCCCCAGCUCCCCAUUUAUCGCUUAAAUUAAGGAGCUUGCAUAAAUGGAGUCUUCCAAGGAGACCGGCUACCAACCUCGAGAAGGCCCGAUUCUCUGCAUCAACAACUGCGGCUUUUUUGGGAGCGCAGCUACGAUGAAUAUGUGCUCCAAGUGCCAUAAAGACAUGGUUUUGAAACAGCAGCAUGCCCAGUUUGCCGCGGCAUCCAUCGAGAAUAUGGUCAACUGCAGCAGCAUCAAUCAGAAGGAGCCUCUUCCGGUCGAUGUGAGUGUGGAAGUCGAAUUAAAACUCGACUCCCCUCAACCGAACCCCAACCCGGUGCCGAGCGAGCCGAAGCCAAAGGAGGGACCUAGCAGGUGCAACACCUGCCGCAAGCGCGUGGGCCUGACCCGGUUCAGUUGCAGGUGCGGGAACCUCUUCUGCUCGGUGCACCGCUACUCGGACAAGCACGAGUGCCCGUUCGAUUACCGGUCGGCCGCCCAGGAAGCCAUAGCAAAGGCGAACCCCCUCGUCAAAGCUGAAAAGCUCGACAAGAUCUGAAAGGCUGGCGAGGCGGUCUUCUAUCUUUACAUAUCCGGUGAUGGUUCGUCGUGUAAGUCAUGCCGAUUGUCUGCGUCUCGAGACUUGUGUUGGGUGGUGCGGGGGAGUGGGGGCAAGAGAUUGUGGUUUGUGUGGAGUCCUGUGUCAGUUGGGUAAGGGUUGAUUACUUGGGUUUGGUUGCAGUGUGUUCAGGCUGUCGAAUAACAUUAUUAUUAUUAUUAUUAUUAUUGUGGAAUUUAUAAUUUGCUCA